CUGUUCUUACCUGGUCAGAUAGGUUCAAGCCCAAACUGUACACAACAGUGGAGAACAGAUAACAACAGCAGAACUUAAAAAAGCCCCACCACAGCCUGUGUCAAAGAUAAGAAAUAAAAAGACUGACAAAGAAAAGCAGUGUAAAAAGAAAGAAUUGGACCGAGGCAAAGAGGAAACUGGGAUGGAUAUUGGAGUGUCAUUCCAGAGGUGGAGGGAGCUGUGGGAUUUGUAAGGACUCUGGAGCAACGCGGAGUUGGACGCUCUUUUGCUGGACAAAAAGGAUUAGACAGCAUGCCAUGCAGACUCUCAAUUCAUCCGUCACAACGAGCCCAUUAACAGUUAAUUUCAUUCUGUCUGGCUGCACAUGGCCCAUCGAGCAGCCUACCUAUCGCUCUGCAGGCAUGGACACACAUGUGAGUCCCGUUCGACAGUCCACAUGAGCGUCUCCAAGCCCCCGCCGCCACCCUCCACCUCCCACCUGACCAUCCCCCCUUCCUCCACCUCCACCCCUUCCUCGUCCGCCUCCUCCCCCUCGGCGGCACCCCACUCCAACGCUAUCCCUCCUCCCUCGCCGGUCAAGAUCUCUAUGCAGGAGCACUUUGCCAUCAACGUGUGCCCGGGCCCCAUCCUCCCCAUCCCACAGAUCUCUGACUUCUUCCCGCGUUUCCACGACUACCCCUGCACGCCCCCGCCUCCGAGGGAGAAGAAGAUCCUAAAAGAGGAGACUUUCAACGGGGAGACGGGUGGAGGAUACAAGGACGGGGAGAGGAGGGAGAGCAACGAGGGAGACAGGGAGGAGGCGCUCGACUCUGAUGAUGAUGACACCUACCUGGGAACGCUGGAGUUCACCCUGCUCUUUGAUCAGGAGAACAACUGUCUUCAUUGUACGAUUCACAAGGCAAAGGGACUGAAAGCCAUGGACUCCAAUGGGCUGGCUGAUCCAUACGUCAAGCUUCAUCUUCUCCCUGGGGCUAGCAAGGCAAACAAGCUACGCACAAAAACCUUGAAGAAUACGCUGAACCCAGUGUGGAACGAAACGCUGAUAUAUCAUGGCAUCACAGCGGCCGACAUGACCACCAAAACACUCAGGCUGUGCGUGUGUGACAUGGACAGACUCGGACGAAAUGAAUUCAUCGGUGAGGUGAGAGUGGCUCUGAAGAAACUGAGAGAGGGCGAGAACAAGCGCUACAAUAUGGGCCUGGAGAGAAUUGCACAGAAUAAAGAAACUAACAAUCAAACGGUGGAGCAAGGGGCGGUCGUGGCAGAGGAGGAGCGUGGCCGCAUCCUGGUGUCACUAUGCUAUAACACAGAGAAGAGCUGCCUGCUGGUUGGGAUCAUACGCUGCGCCCAUCUGGCUGCCAUGGACUCCAACGGCUACUCUGACCCUUUCGUCAAAAUCAUCUUGCAGCCAGAUAUGGGGAAAAAGUCCAAGUACAAGACUUCAGUGAAGAAAAAGACUCUCAACCCCGAAUUCAACGAGGAGUUUUCAUAUGAUGUACCCCUGGACCAGCUGGCGAAGAAAACCCUGGAGAUCUCUGUGUGGGACUAUGACUUGGGAAUGAGCAACGACUUCAUAGGUGGAGUGGAGCUGGGCAUCAAUGCAAGCGGACAGAGACUCAAACACUGGUUCGAGUGUCUCAAAAACAAAGGGAAGAAAGUGGAGUUCUGGCAUACGCUCACACAGCAAGGAGCCCCGAGCAGUGACAAACCGGACUAGAUUACACGAGACAUCCGUGCACACACACACACACACACACACACUAACACACACAGACAUACACACAUUUGUCUCACUGGAAGAUGGCUGAUAACGGAGACCAACUAAAGCAGGAGCAGAGGCAAAGGAUAAAACAUGCAAUAAUAAUAAUGUUGAAAAUGAAAUCCAUCAUAUAAUUACAGCACCAACUAUUAGUAUAUGAUAUUCAUACUAAUAUUAGUGAUGGUAAUGAUGUGUAUCUGAAUACAUUUUUGGAAAUGUAUUUUUUUUCUAAAGGUGAACCAAAUUGUGACGAUGUCCUCAUUAAAGUGUUGACGUAACGAAACAGUACUCACAAAAAUUGUGCUUUAGACCUUACUGUACCUGUGGAAGACGCUCGUAUUCUGUCAUUCAGAUUUACACCUAAUAUUGAAGAAAUUUUGAGAUUAAUGUACUCAAAGUUCAUUCAGUGAAAUGGGGCCAAAUGUAUGUGCACCCUAGUGACUCAUAAUGUGGUAUAUAGUUACAGGAGAGGGGAUGUUGUGGAAGGGGGAAGUCUCUAUUUUAGUGAUCUGAUGCAAAACAAACACACCGUAUUAUAAAGCACAAAAUGAUCCAUUUGGUGGAUUUGUACCUUUACCGUUUCAGUGUUCUUAUGUCUUUCAUUGUCUUUCAGUGAUGGUGGCUUUCUAUACACCUUCAUGUCAGGCAUUAACGUGUCACUGUAUGUGUGUGUGUGUGUGUGUGUGUGUGUGUGUGCGUGCAUGAGGGCUACGAGAAUAUGAGUGCCUACAUUUUCUGUCUGUGCAGUGUGUGUCUGUCUGUCUGCAUUCACGCCAUGCCGCCCCAUUCAAGAUGUCUCCACGUGACUCCCGAAGCACAGAGGUGUGAAGAAAUGAUAACAAAGGACAAGAGAGACACAUAAGAGAGCGAAAUCCUCCGCCGCCGCCGCCGCAGGUCUCAGUGGUGCGAGUGUUCCUGGCUGGAGGACACUGACAAGCUGUCAAUCACGAGUGCCAGACCUUCGCCAUCCCUUUCUCCCACCGCCAGACAGUCACAGAGCGACUGUAAGGAAUAUAUCCUGACACGUGACCUCUGACCACUCUUUUGGACUUUCUUGACGAAAGGCUAAAUUUGUAUCCGCAGAUAUUGCUUUUGGAAGGUUCUGCUUUCACUUGCAGCUGCACGGUAUGAACUAGCAGCUCCAAUUCUGCUCCAACAGUUAUGAUGCAACAUCGCUGCAUUGAUAUAUUAAUGUGACAAUUCUGAUUUUAUGAUGUGUGAGAAUAUGGCUGCCUAAAGCUGAAAAUCGGCCCUAAUCCACCAUUGUACACCCACACACACCGAGAGGAUCCCAAAAGAUAUAAAUGCAUGUUACAAAAUUGGGCUGAAGUCAACCAUCAGAAGGAGUCACUGCUGAGAUCAAUGUUGCAUUCAUCCCAUUAACUUGCGAGUAAUUAAAUAUCAGGCCUAUAGUGGCAUCAAGUUCAUCUGCUGGGCAGGCUACACAGUAUCACAGCGGUUUGUGAAGUAGUGAUUUGAUCUACAGGAUUCCUGUACUCUACAUAGGUCCCUUCAUGUGAAUAACUGACAUUAUAUUUUCCUAACCCCAAGCAAAGUGCUUUUGCUGCCUGCACCUCACUGCAGGCUGGAUGUGAACCCUGGAUUUCGGUGUGAUCAUCCUGGGCCCUCAUUUAUCAACAGUGUGUACACACAGAUGGGAGAUUUGUAAGACAGAAUUUAAAACCUCUUCUACACCCCGUUGAUAGAUGGGGGACCCUGGCCACCUCCCUGCGACUCCAGCGCUGUUCAUAAAUGUGGUUUUCCAUUCAGUCAAAGCAAUGGGGUGCAGGCAUGAAAGAUAGUUGUACUGAAAGUCAUAAACAGCUAAAAACUGUCCGUGUCCACGAAUCCUGUAGACUGUAUUUCAAUACUGCUGUGAUGCUUUGUUGGAACAGAGGACAAGAUCACUGGGACCACUGUGUCCGUGUCUGUGGAACAGGACUGCCUGCUGAGAUAAACUGUGUGCAGCCAAAGACAAUGGAUCCUACCUUACUACCACACACACAAAUACACAAAUAUGUACGUCCAUGCACACACAUAGUGAAACGUUGGGAGGGUAAAAUGGGGUAACACCGUCCAUGGAAACACAUUUGGCAGCAGGGAAAAAUUGACAUGCGUAAUGUGUCUCUGUCCACAUCUCUGCGCAUCGAUGGUGUAUAUGGGCUCGACUAUCACUGAAUUGUCUAAAAGUCUGCCAGGAUAUCAGAUGCACUCCCCCGUUUCGUCUCACACUACAGCUCUGGCCAUACACUGGUUCACAACAGCACACCCACAGUCGGUCAGUGGCCUCCGGGAGUUUUCUAACUGUUGAAUCGAUCCGGCUGCUCAUAUUCUUGGUGUCCUUCAGCAACCUUGUGUCUCAUCGUCGGCUGCAAAAAAAAGUGGAUCCUUCGCUGGUGAAUUAGGUGUCGAAUAAAAAGGGCUUGGGCAUUAUCAAAGCUUGGAACUAAACAAACUGUUAUAACAGGAAGCCUAAACAUAUUUUCAGUUCAUUGACUCGAUAAGAGGAGGGUUGGGCAGGGAUGGCGGGUUUUAUUCUGAACUUUUUCUAUGCACAUCAAGACAUCCAGCACGUCAGCAGUGAGAUAAUCAAACCAAAACAACAACAUUAUCAUGUUAUCCAGGCAUCAAAGAUGCUUUUCUGGGAAUACUCAGUGCUUUGAUUGGGGCUGGGCCCGGUGACAGUGAUCUAAUAGAGUUCACAUUUCCGGCUGGAUGGUGGCUUAUUCCUGUCUCUGGAUCUGUUGGUUUUGUUUACAGUCUCCGAAUUUUCUGACUCUUGUCUAUUGACCCACGCUUUGCUUAUGUAAUCAGUUUUAUCUGCAAUACAGCUGCAUGUUUAGCAAUUACUAUCAGCCUGUAUAAUAGAGUGCAACCUUAGCUGAUCAUUCUGAAUGCUGAUGUGUUUACAGUCUAUGCCAUCUAUUCAGUCUCCUGCCAUCCGUGUUUGUUUGUUUGUUUGUUUGUUUGUGAAUACGAUGAUUCAGGGUAUUUUUUGCUCAGUUGCAAGCUCUUGAUUUAAAUAAAACAAAAACCUUUACUGUCACAGAUUUUGACACUUGUCUUCCUCAAUAAAUUGAUAUUAAAGUGGUAAUGAUGCAGGAGAGCAGUGGCGAAUGAGAUGGGAAUUCACUACUGCAGUCCCUGUGCAUUCAAAGUCAAUGUCAAUCACACAGUGUGGCUGCCAUCCUGUGGUGGGUUUGUGUAACUACUUC